GCCAGCCUCAUCUUUAUAUCUUUCAAAUGAAUCUGUAUGUUUGCGCGUUUUAAAAGUGGCAUUGGUAGCGACAUCUACCAGUGAGCGCAGAAAUGAAGCAAAUGCAAAAUUGAAUUUUUUUUUAAAUAAGCAACUUUCAUGCAUUAUUGCAGAUCGUAGAAUAUUCUGUGGUAACCAUGGGUCAGUUAAAGCGUCAAAAUCGAAAAUCAAAUAAGAAAUUCAUCCCACAGACUUGAUUACUAUAGCCAUCUAGCAGAAAGACGCUAUUAACCAACCCACGGUACAAUUAUUUAUAUUACAUUGUAACAAUAGAAUAUUUUCCAUGCGAUUGUCACGUGUGAUCUGUCACUUUCGAUUUCAAAAUCAAAACCUCAAAAAAAAAUUCAUCGUAUUAAAUCACUUACCCCCGGAUCCGGAACACCGCGCACCCAUUCCUGCACCCCGUACUGAAACUGUCCUCUCGAACCAUCCUCUUCUAAGAUGACCUGCUUCGGUGGACGCGACGAACAGAUUUACGUAGUCGAGAUGCUGAUCCACAAACUGACCCUGACAAAGAACAAGAUAAAAGACAUAGGUGAGCAUCCCGUCGGUGUGAAGAUCAAGUUCCUCGACUUUCCCGUAUUCGAGAUAACUCGCGACGACUUUUACUCGCUGAAACCUACACCCCCGGAGGAAGAUGGCACCCUGCAUUUCAUGAUAGGCAGAAGUUGCGUAUUCGUCAAACAACCCAAGGACCUGGUCAGAGAAUUACAAUCUACUAAGUUGAUGGUCGGUGUGUUUCGAGUUGGAGACACGUUCCCCACCGCCGAAACGGAAAUGACCCUGCCAGGGUGUCUAUGCGAUCAAGUGGCCAUGGCGCAGAACGACGCGGCGAAUCUACCGAAACCCUUCAUGGUGAAGGGUAGUUACAACCUGAUAGAUCCCGGUGACAAUCCAUCCGGUACAAUAGAAAUGGAAUUAAGAAUGACCUGCGUUGGUCGAUCGAUCAUGACCCAUUACGAGUUGCACCCGAAAUUCUUCGCCUUCAGGAACGACGGUAAAGAACGAGAGUUCGUAGUCAGACGUCUGGUGCCCCCUAGUAAGGACGUCUCGCAGUAUCCUGAUAGGACGACAUUGGACGAAUUGAAAGGAAUAACGAAAGGACCACAGAAAAAGGGGAAAAAGGGGAAAAAGGGGAAAAAAGAAAAAGGAAAAGGCGGAAAGGGCGGAAAGGGUAAAAAGAAAGGCAAGAGAUAGUUUUCCUCGACUGUGCAAGUUGAUCACCCUGUAC